AUGCUUUCUCCAGAAGAUACGCACAGCUCAUUCUCAUCGCCCUCUGCGUCAUCAGCUCGACCAUCACCGAAACGCCAGCGGGUCCUUGCCUGCGUGCUUUGCCAGCAAAGAAAGGUCAAAUGUGAUCGCAUUUUCCCCUGUAGCAACUGUUCGAAGGCAGGGGUACAGUGUGUUCCAUCUUCACUCACACGACCUCAGCGUAAACGGAGAUUUCCCGAGCGCGAGCUAUUGGACCGAUUACGACACUACGAAAACUUGCUUCGUCGUAAUGGUAUAUCAUUCGAGCCUAUACAUCCAGGUGGAGGCUCUAGCUGUCUAGAGACAGAUCAGGGCUGUAGGAACGUUCCUGCCCCGUCUAAUCCAACAUCUGGCUCGGGCAGAGAGGGUUUAAAUGGGGAGCUGGAGUCACUUUCUCGGUCUCAGAAAGACCCAGAGGUGAAGUACAAUCCAAGGAGUAUGUGGCAGCUAAUGGGGUCCAAGAGCCAAGACGAAGGAGACACGGAUGAACUAAAACCCGAUUGCGAAUUAACAUCCAUCACGGUCGGAGAGAAGGCAGUAAGAUCAGUAUGGGAUCAACUCUAUAAGGGGAACGAUAACCUACUGUUCGCUCUUCCCGACCUGGGCAUGGAACUAUACGAACUUCAUCCAGAUCAAGUGCAAAUCUUUAGGCUCUGGCAGAUUUACCUUGACAACGUCUGUCCUCUUCUUCGAGUCACACAUACUUCAUCUCUUCAGGUUCGAAUUAUCGAUGCAGUUGAAGACCUGAACAAGAUUGAUGCCAAUUUGGAGGCAUUGAUGUUCAGUAUAUAUGCCGUUGCGACCAUGACCCUUACUGAGGCUGAGUGUCGUACUUCAUUCGGCGAGCCGAAGAAAGAACUCCUUGCAACAUAUCAUCGUGGUCUACAGCAGGCACUCCGAAAUAGUGAUUUCCUUCAAUCAAAGGACCGAGACUGUUUGACCGCUAUACUGUUAUAUCUUAUAUCAAUCAGAUCUUAUGCACAUCCAAGAUCAGUAUCAACUAUGCUUGGCAUCGCGAUGCGUAUGGCGCAGCGUAUGGGAAUACACAACGAGGCCCAAAACUCGAAACAGCCUGCUAUGGAGGCUGAGAUGCGUAGAAGGCUCUGGUGGGCACUAGUGAUAUUCGAUUCCAGGAUUUCUGAUCUUGCGGAUGCGAAAACCACCUUGUUGAUCCCAACGUGGGACUGCAGACUACCCCUGAACGCCAAUGACUCUGAUCUGCGUCCGGAGAUGAAAAAUGCUCCAGUUGCCCAUAUGCUACCCACUGAGGCGCUUUUCAUCGUCGUCCGCUGCAAGAUAAGUGACUAUCUUCGGCAUAGCCCUGAAUACCUGGAGUUUGUGGAUCCAGUGUUGAAGAGAAUAGCCGAGGACCUACGCAACGGACCUUCACAAGUCCACCGGACUUUGGAGAGCUUGGAGAGGGAAAUCGAGGAACAGUAUCUUAGAUACUGUAAUCCAGAAAAUCCUCUACAUUUCGUGACGAUCUGGAUGAGCAGAUGCUUGCUCGCAAAGAGCCGUCUGCUAGAGAUAUAUUUGCUUGGAAACACAGGAGAUUCGCUCCAUCAUAUGGUACAUUCUGAUCGCGAUGCCAUCCUUACUCAAGCCUUAAGAAUGCUUGAGUGCGACACGAAGCUUGCAGCUUCACCACUGAUCAAAGGCUACACAUGGCUUCUCCACCUCCACUUCCAAGCUCCUGCCUACAUCAUCACAAUGCAGGAUCUGGCACGACGGCCGACAGGAGAACACGCAGAUCGAGCCUGGGCGAUCAUGAACGACAACUACGCCGCUCGUUUCAGCGGCUCUGAAGAUAAUGAGAACAUGUUUUCAAAAUUAUUCGCUAAUAUCAUCCUACACGCGUGGCAUUUGCGGACAGCGAAACAGAGUAAAUCAUCUCACACAGAGAUUCCGCCAUCCAUUGUGAUGCAUCUGAAGGAAAAGAUGUCGCGCAGUAGCCAAGGUGGAUACGAAGAAUCUAGGAUGAACUCUACCGGCAAACUAUUGAAUGGCACGAAUGAUCUGGCUGCAUGCACCUGGGAGGGAAGACAAUUGAGUACGGAAACCGAACAUCUGCAGAAUUUUGAUUUGGAGAAUCUUGGUAACUUCCACACCGAGCCUUCAGUGGGGCUCAAUUUUGACCAAUUGGACUGGAUGUCAAUGGAUUGGAACGUGAUGCAUGGCAGUACAUGGUAA